ACCAAAUUUUUCCCUCACUACGACAAGGAGGAGAAGAAGAUGAAGAAGCAGCAGCAGAAGCAGUUGUGAAGUUCGGCACAGUUAAGCUAGCAAAGGUGCUUAGUUCGAAACCCAGCAACACCAGCAGAAUCUAGGAACAGCAAAAGCCGAAGGUCACCGGUUCGAGACUCGGCAAGACCAGAACCAAGGGAGAAAGCAAACACAGCAGCCAUGUUUCGUGCGACGAACAGCAUAGUGGGGCUGCUGAACUUCGUGACAUUCCUGCUGUCGAUUCCCAUUCUGGGUGGCGGAAUUUGGCUCGCCACGCGCAACAGUGGCGAUUGCCUUCGCUUUUUGCAGUGGCCCAUCAUUGCCAUCGGUUCUGCCAUUAUGCUGCUCUCAUUGGCAGGCUUUGUGGGCGCCUGCUUUCGAGUCACUUCUUUGCUCUGGCUUUAUCUCUUCUUCAUGCUGCUCCUCAUUCUCGCUUACUUGGGAUGUAUCAUUUUUGCCUUUGCAGUCACUGGUAAAGGCGAAGGCCACCCGGUAAUAAACACCGGCUUUAGUGAGUACAAGCUUGAGGAUUUCUCUCAGUGGAUGCAGGACCGCGUCAGGGAUUCCGGUAGCUGGCAUAAUAUCAGGUCGUGUGUUCGAGAUGCUAAGGUGUGUAAGAAGCUCGGUGAGAAGACGAUGUAUAUGGGCGCUGCCGGGUUUUAUCAGCAGCAUUUGAAUCCCAUUCAGUCGGGUUGUUGCAAACCACCAACCUCCUGUGGAUACAGCUAUGUAAAUGCAACAUUCUGGACUGGGACAUUGACAAACAUAGAUCCUGACUGUACACAAUGGAGCAAUGGCCAAGAUCAGUUAUGUUAUGAUUGUGGUUCGUGCAAAGCUGGUGUUUUGGCGGAUAUGAAGCGUAACUGGCAUAAGUUGUCUGUCCUAAAUAUUGUUGUUUUCAUAUUGCUCGUUGUGGUCUAUGUUAUUGGAUGUGGUGCUUUCAGGAAUAACUUAAGAAGAGAUAAUAACGAGUCUUACGGAGAAGCCAGGAUGACCAAGGCUCGUCCUAGUUGGCUGGACAAGUGAGAACUCUUGUAUUUAUUUGUUCAAUUAUGUUCUUUUUUCCCUUACGGACAAGUGAGAAAAUAGUUUGUGUGCCAUGUUUUUUUUUUUUUUGCCGGGGGGGGGGGGAUCUUCUGUAAAGACGUUUUUAUUUUGUCUACUGCUUCAAUAAGUGAUCUUUUGUAUCAUACUCGUUGCAUUCUAUAUUCUCCAUUGUUUAUGCAUCCGUUUUUUUCUUGUCCUAGUGUGUAUUUUGGGUUGCAUCGAUCCUUGGAAAAUUCCCAGUUGUCAUAAUUUGUAUGCCAUGACAAAAUACCUGGAGAUGGCAACAAACUUUAUGUAUUUUUUUGGUUGUUUCUGUUUUGAUAAAUGUUUUUUCAGCCAUGUUGGUAUGUUUUUUCACUUAUCUGUAACUGGUGUUCCUCGAAGUUGACUUCUUAUGAUGAAGUAAUGUUGUAAAACAUUUGCUUCUCUUCGUUUUUUUUUGUGCAUUGAUUGAGGUUUUCAUCAUCAACGCCCUCACUGUUAUUGAGUGCUAUAUUUCAAAGAAAGUAAUUGAACAGCAGGAGACUAGGGGUGCAAAGCUUGUUGCAACUUCAGCUUCCUGAGCUCUUAUUUCAAUUAAUAUGGGCAAGUUUGUGUAUUUGAAGAUAACUCUUUGAUCUUUAUUAAUGAUAAGACCCCAAAGCUUGUUGCAACGUCAGUUUUAAUUAGUACACGUAAGAUUUGUAUAUAUGAAGAUGACAAAGAUGACACUUUAAUCUUUAUUAAUGAUAUGACCCAAAAGCUUGUUGCAA